AUGCGAAGAACUAUUUGGGAAAACUGUUUUUCGGCUAAAUUAUCAACGUCAAUUUAAAUCGUGUCAAACCAUCGAGUCAUUGCUUAUGUAAUGAUAAAAUCCUAUAAAAUAUUUUGACUUCCAAAGUCGCGUAACGCAGAAUCAGCUGAUAAUGGCCUGAAGUAGUGGGUGUGUAACGUUGCCAAAUGAUUUUAUCAGUGAACCGAUAAGUCUAAAAGUAAACAAACAAACUGCCGGAAACAUUCGAACGAAACAAUAUACCGGCUCUUCGACAUAAAUAACAUGGUCGUACUAGCCGGACGAUUUCCACAACGAAAAACCGAAACCGGACAUUCCUACACUACAACAAUGUACAAAUAACUGCAUGUCACAAUUUGGGGGGCAUGAUAUAAUAUUAAACUGGAAACUGUGAUGACUGCUCAGUUGUGUUUUACGGGUUACUUUUGCAUUUAUUUAUGUUAAAAUGCGUGGCCAAUUCGCCACGGCGCUGUCACAUCUGUUAUUGGCUGGCACAGGGGCAUACUGCUUGAAACUGAUCUGGAAUGUGGAUUUGCCCCUAUCCCAUUGCUGUUUCGGCUUAAUAAUACUUAACAAUGUGCUGGGAUUGUGGCAGAACGGUAAUCCACAGUACGGAGAUAAAGUAUACAGACUGUUUCGAAUAACAAGGGAACUCCAAGACUUAUUUGUAUUACCUCUAAUCGCCACCACUGUGUGGCUGAUGUAUAAUUAUAGAUGGGAACUAGCACUUGCUCAUUUGUUACUGCCCAUGUGGCCACUGUGUAUGUUUCUGUUCAGGAAAAAGCAGUACAAGCUGAGCAACAUGGUGGUUGCCAUCAAUGUAAUGUCACUUGCUAUUUUAUCCUAUAUGUAUAAUAAUUAUUACGGGUUUGCUACCGCAUUUACGUAUUGCUUCGACUAUUUUUUUACGAAGGGUGACAAUGAAAACUUCCUCAACAUACCGUCUCAGGAUCUAAGUAAUUAUAUAAUGUGUUUUUUGACGUUCUUUUCUGUGCAGACACUUUUUGAUUAAUGUACAGUAGACCAAAUUUUUUUAUAUGAGUAACAGGAUCUUCCAACUGAAGAUUUUCAUGUGAAAUAUACAAUGAAGAUAUUUUUGUGUAUUGCUUCUAUACUGUAUGCAUAUCAUUGUUUGUGAAAUCUUUAGCAUAUAUAUAUCUUAUAAAUGUCUAUUUUUAUAUAUUUAUUAUAUACUGUAAACUGUCAUGAUGUAUAUGAAUAUAUUUACUUAUAUUGGAUAAAUAUAUGAAUGUUAUACUA